AUGGCCGGCAGCCCGGAAAAGAGUUCAACCGCACAAGAGCUGAAGGAGCAGGGGAACAGACUGUUCCUUUGCCGCAAGUACCAGGAGGCUGCGACCUGCUACAGCAAGGCCAUCAACCGUAAUCCCUCGGUGGCGGUCUACUACACCAACAGAGCACUGUGCCAUGUGAAGCUGCAGCAGUACGACAAAGCUCUGGCAGAUUGUAAACAUGCUCUGGAGCUGGACACACAGUCAGUCAAGGCACACUUUUUUUUGGGACAAUGUCACUUGGAGCUGGAAAACUACGAUGAGGCCAUUGGAAAUCUGCAAAAAGCUUACAACUUGGCUAAAGAACAAAGGCUGAACUUUGGAGAUGACAUUCCAAGUGCUUUACGCAUUGCCAAAAAGAAGCGUUGGAAUAGUAUAGAAGAGAAGAGAAUUAAUCAGGAGAAUGAGCUUCAUGCUUAUCUGACAAAACUUAUUUUAGCUGAGAAGGAAAGAGAAAUGGAUGAAUUUAAGAAAAACCAAGAUGAUAAUCAAAAUGAGGGAGAUGGAACAAAAAUCGCCACAAAGCAUGACAAGUAUCUAAUGGAUAUGGACGAACUCUUCUCUCAAGUGGAUGAGAAGAGAAAAAAACGAGAGAUCCCAGAUUAUCUCUGUGGUAAAAUCAGCUUUGAGUUGAUGAGGGAGCCCUGCAUCACGCCCAGUGGAAUCACUUAUGACCGGAAGGACAUCGAGGAGCACUUACAGCGAGUCGGCCAUUUUGACCCUGUCACCAGGAGUCCACUGACCCAGGACCAGCUCAUCCCGAACCUGGCCAUGAAGGAAGUGAUCGAUGCCUUUAUCCAGGAGAAUGGAUGGGUGGAGGACUACUGA